AUGGUGAUGACACUAAAAGUACCACCCACGCUGUUUGCUCGAAACGAAAAUAUGUCGACAGCACCUAAUCCAUUAAAAAAUGUCAGCAAACCAAUUAAAUUUUUAAAAUGUUUCAAACUUCUUGUCACGUGGGAUUGGAAAUGUAAUCAGCGAGAAGUAAUUUUGCUAUGCCACGAGAAGCUUUUUUGUAAAUAA